AUGGGUUUCGGGCUGAGGAAUUACUUCUGGGUUGUGGCGUUGGUCAUCUUCCUCGCUGUUGCUGCUGGUGUCCCUGCUGGAGCUGUGACGGCACCCGCCAACGCUUCCAACGGCUCGUUCGGCAUGCAGUGGCAGGCAGGAGAAGAAGAGGAGUGGGCUCUGGAUUCUGAGACAAGCAGAAGGAUUCUCCAGUCCACCACGUCCAUAUCUUACAAGGCGUUACGAAGCGGAAUGCCCGCUGGCUCGGCCCGGUCUGGGCUUUCAUAUCGUCGUGGUUGUCAGAGGAUCUAUGGGUGUAAAGGUGGUUACUAA